AUGAGUGGUAAAGUUGAUUCGAAAAUCAAUAAAGGAAAUGCUCCGUAUGUAUACCGAAUUAGUGGCGAGAAUUAUUAUACACUGGGAAGUCUUCUUCCUAAAGAAGGUGGUGAACCAAAGUUUGCGCAACUUUACAUAUACGACACAGAUAAUGAAGUCUGUAAUCGCAAAACUGUAUUUAGUAACUCAAACAAACCACCAUCCGCAACUUCUAAUUUGCUCGACACUGAACUCAUAGAGUACCUUAAGGUGAUUUUAGAUUCAAAUAAUGAGCUGGUGAAAACAUAUAGACGUGUACGAGAUCGGUUUGUUGAUAAUCCUCAAGUUGACUUAAAAUUAAGGCUUAAGGCAAAUAGGUCUAAAGAUGGUCGUACAUACAACCUACCGACGUCGUCCGAAGUUGCUGCGCUUAUUGUUGGAAACAUUGAGGAAGCUCUUGAUAAUCGUGAUGUAGUUUUUGAGUCAAAGAAAGAUGGUCUACAACGUAUUAGCGAGCUUCAUCCUUCGUAUCUCGCGCUUCAGUAUCCAUUGCUUUUCCCUUUUGGUGAAGAUGGGUACCGGGUUGAUAUUCUUCAUAGAGAAGGAAGGGCAUCAACGAAGAAGAAAGAGUCAAAAUGUACAAUGAGAGAGUAUUUUGCUUACCAUGUUCAAGAUAGACUGAAUCAUUUCUCUUUGAUUCUCAAUGCUCGAAGACUUUUGCAACAGUUCUUGGUUGACCUUGGACAAAAUGGUAAUCCAGAUAUGUCAAACGUUGGAACACGCGUACUACUACCGUCUUCGUUUACCGAUGGAUCGCGUUAUAUGAGGGAGAAUUAUUAUGAUGCGAUGGCCAUUUGCAAAUGGUUUGGCUACCCUGAUUUUUUCAUUACGAUCACUUGCAAUCCUAAAUGGCCAGAGAUUAAAAGAUUUCUAAAGGACACGAAGAUUAAUCCCGAGGAUAGGCCGGACAUUUUAUGCCGAUUGUUCAAAAUUAAGCUUGACGCAAUCAUGAAAGACUUGCGAGAGAAAUCUUUAUUCGGCAAUGCAUCGGCAGUUGUCUAUACCAUAGAGUUUCAGAAACGAGGUCUACCGCAUGCGCAUAUCUGUCUGUUCUUACAUGACAAAAGUAAGCUUCCUUCGGUUGAGCAUGUUGACAACUUCAUUUCUGCCGAGAUACCUGACAAAAACUUAGAACCAGAUCUAUAUACUCUUGUCAGCGACUAUAUGAUUCACGGACCUUGUGGUGUUGCAAAACCAAAUUGUCCGUGUAUGGUCGACGGUAAGUGUUCGAAGAAAUUUCCUAAGAAGUUCUGUGAUAAGACUUCUCUAGAUUCGAAUGGUUAUCCGGUCUACAGACAAGCCGAUUCAGGUGUUGAUGUUGAGAAAUCUGGUAUUCAGCUUGAUAACAAAAGCGUGGUUCCGUAUAGCAAAACCCUAUUGAGACGUUAUCAAGCACACAUUAACGUCAAAUGGUGUAACCAGGCUGCGUCCAUUAAGUAUUUGUUUAAAUACAUUAACAAAGGACCAGAUAGGGCUAAAUUUGGUUUUGUACCAAAUGGUGAUGAAGGUCGGCUUGAAGAUGGAAAAGAUGAAAUCAAAGAGUAUUACGAUUGUAGAUAUCUCUCGGCAUGCGAAGCUUCAUGGCACAUAUUUGCAUUUGAUGUUCAUUACCGCUAUCCAUCCAUAAUCAGGCUUCCGUUUCAUCUACCUGAUAAACAAAACGUUGUAUACGGCCCUGACGACGAACUUGAUAGUGUUCUACAAAAACCUUCUGUUUCUUCUACGAUGUUUUUGGGGUGGAUGGAAAAGAACGAAAAAGAUCCGUUGGCGCGCACCGUUACUUACGUUGAGUUCCCAACUAAAUUUGUUUGGAAGAAGGACGAAAGGAUAUGGGAUAAACGCAUAACAGGCAAAACCAUUGCCCGUAUUCAUUGUGUGAAUCCUUCUAUGGGCGAGGCAUACUUUUUAAGAAUUCUUCUUAAUAAGGUAGUAGGUCCUAAGUCUUUUGAAGACAUUCGUACUGUGAAUGGAAAAGUCUUCCCAACAUUUAGAGAUGCGUGCUACGCUAGAGGCCUUUUAGACGACGACAAGGAGUAUAUAGAAGCUAUCAAAGAGGCGUACUACACAGGUUCUGGUUACUAUCUUUGUAAUCUGUUUGCUACAAUGUUGGCGUCUAAUACAUUAUCAAAGCCUGAACAUGUUUGGGAAAACACAUGGGAGUACCUUGCGGAUGGUAUUUUAUACAAUCGGCAAAAGCUUUUGAGGAUCGAAGGUUUGUCUCUUCCAGAAGAACAAAUAAGGAACCUAACGUUGUUGGAAAUUGAGCGUUACUUAUUAUGUAACAAAUCAAGUUUAAGUCAGUUUUCGUCUAUGCCUCAACCCGACAGUGAAUCAAUAUAUUCAGCAGACAACCGUUUAAUUGCUGACGAGCUUAGGUACGAUGUAAGCGCUACUGCCAUUGAAUUUGAUAAUAAUUUAAGCAGCCUAACUGAUGAGCAGCGUUUAGUGUUUGAUGAGAUAAUUGAAGAAGUUAAUAGUAAUGCGGAUGGUUUGUUCUUCGUAUAUGGCUACGGAGGUACUGGUAAGACAUUUCUUUGGAAGACAUUAUCUGCAUCCAUUAGAUGUAAAGGCGAUAUUGUACUAAAUGUUGCAUCAAGUGGAAUCGCAUCUCUUUUGUUACCUGGUGGGCGUACUGCACAUUCAAGGUUUCAUAUACCUCUAAAUUUAACAGAAACCUCGAUGUGUUUCAUUAAACCGGAUGAUGACGUUGCUGAUUUAUUGAAGAAAACGAAAUUGAUCAUUUGGGAUGAAGCACCGAUGAAUCAUAAACAUGCGUUUGAAGCACUUGACCGAACAAUGAACGAUAUCUUCAAAUGUGAGAUGACAUUUGGUGGAAAAGUUAUGGUGUUCGGUGGUGACUUUAGACAAAUACUUCCAGUUGUACCAAAUGGCAGUAGGCGAGAUAUCGUUAAUGCUUCAAUCAUGUCGUCGUAUAUUUGGAGUACUUGCAAGGUCCUUACAUUAACCAAAAACAUGAGGUUAACUGUAGGAGCCAACACAUCUGAUAUAGACGAGAUUAAAGCUUUUGCGGAUUGGUUGCUUGACUUGGGCGAGGGAAAGAUUGGUGAAGUGAUGAUUGUGAGGUGGUUAUAG